GGGGGCGGGCGCGGCGGCGCGAGGUGCAUGAAUGAGAGAAACGUGCCCAGCGCGAGACGUCGCGCGCGCCCGGAUCAGAGAGCCAAUGGGAACGCUGGGAGGGCUCGAGACCCGGUACUGAGGGCAACGGCCGCGCGCCGGCUCGAAGACGAGCGUCGCCGGACGGGAGCGCGCGGGGGCAGGGCGGGCGUGGAGCGUGCGGGGGCCGCGCGCUGCCUCUUAGAGGCCGGACGGCAGUGCCGGGAGGCGGUGGCGACUACGACGGUGGCGGUGACGGGCACCGCGCCGGGGUGAGGCACUGGACCCGGUUGAACUCUUCACCCAGAAAGCCCAAGAUCGAAGGCGAAAGAUCAGAGACAUCGACUAACCUGGCAACAGAGAGAUCUUUGGAACUUUGCUUUCAUCCACAGUAACCUUAUAAAGCAUCAUCAAGUGGAAUUGAUUACUUCAACUUAUUCUGCUUGUUGGGAAGAGUAUGGCUUCAGGGAUUUUAAGUUCCCCUUUAGUUUUGCAUGAACUCCAUAGGAAACGGAGCCCUUAAAGGGCUUGGGAAUAACAAGAAGAGAUUGAAAACGGACAAGCUUGCCCUUUCUUUUUUCCCUCCUCCUUCAAAGAAAAGGAUUUACAACUCAACCUUGUAACACCAGUUGCCCAGCUUUAGCCAUCAGGAGAGAGAGAAAUAAAAUUCACUGACCAUUGCCAGACUACAAACCCUGGUGAAGUGAAGGUGUGGGAGAGGUGGCAUCAGAGACUGCCUGGAAAGGACAAGGACUACAGUAAAACAGCUUCUCUUUAAAGGUGGAAGGGGUCACAGAUUCCUUCUUGGAUUAAAACAGAAACACAGGGCACACCUCCUGAAGGUGCAGCUCGCAUUUUCUGGAAGUGUGGUAGUUGUGGACGUACUAUAGUAUCUCCUGAGAAGAAUCUUUCCUUGCCCGAAGUUUUCUGCUCUACCCUGAUCUUCUCCCCUUCCUUUCCUUUUGAAGAUCUGCCUCCAUCCAUGAGCUAUUCCUUGAUCUGUCUGGCUGCCCGUGUUCUCCGCCUGCAACCAUUUGCAUGUGUACAGCAAACGGUUUCUCUGCAGUUUUUAAACUAUACAAGUUGUGUUUCUUAAUCUCCCCUUUGCCUUGCUCUGGGGAGGUCGUUUUUCAUCUUUUGGAAUUUGGAGUCACCUUUCCCCCUCCCAUACGCUUUCCUACAUUUGCGAUCUUUUGACCUUUGGUUUUAUUUGGGAGGGGGAAGGGUGGUAAUUUAAAUUUUCUGUUUCCCUGGUUUCCUUCUGUACUCUUCUCUCUGUUGUUUCCCUCAUCCCAUUUUCUUGUCUGUUCUGCCGCUGUGUGGGCCUGGGCUAUGCGGCAGGGCAGAUCUCCCAUCAGAGCUCCAACAUGCCCGCAGAGUCUGGAAAGAGAUUCAAACCCAGCAAGUAUGUCCCGGUUUCAGCUGCCGCCAUCUUCCUAGUGGGAGCUACGACACUCUUCUUUGCCUUUACGUGUCCAGGACUCAGCCUGUAUGUGUCACCUGCAGUGCCCAUCUACAAUGCGAUUGUUUUUCUCUUUGUGCUGGCCAACUUCAGCAUGGCCACCUUCAUGGACCCAGGCAUUUUCCCUCGAGCUGAGGAGGAUGAGGACAAGGAAGAUGACUUCCGAGCUCCCCUUUACAAAACAGUGGAGAUUAAGGGCAUCCAGGUGCGCAUGAAGUGGUGUGCCACCUGCCGCUUCUACCGUCCUCCUCGAUGUUCCCACUGCAGUGUCUGUGACAAUUGUGUGGAGGAAUUUGACCAUCACUGCCCCUGGGUGAACAACUGUAUUGGUCGCCGGAACUACCGUUAUUUCUUCCUCUUUCUCCUUUCCCUGACAGCCCACAUUAUGGGUGUGUUUGGCUUUGGCCUCCUUUAUGUCCUCUACCACAUGGAGGAACUCUCAGGGGUCCGCACGGCUGUCACAAUGGCAGUGAUGUGUGUGGCUGGCUUAUUCUUCAUCCCUGUAGCUGGCCUCACAGGAUUUCAUGUGGUGCUGGUAGCUAGGGGACGCACAACCAAUGAACAGGUUACGGGUAAAUUCCGGGGAGGUGUGAAUCCCUUCACCAAUGGCUGCUGUAACAAUGUCAGCCGUGUGCUCUGCAGUUCCCCAGCACCCAGGUAUUUGGGGAGACCAAAGAAAGAGAAGACAAUUGUAGUCCGACCUCCCUUCCUUCGACCAGACAUGUCAGAUGGACAGAUAACUGUGAAGAUCAUGGACAAUGGCAUCCAGGGAGAGCUGAGGAGAACUAAGUCUAAAGGAAGCUUGGAGAUAACAGAGAGCCAGUCUGCCGAUGCUGAACCUCCACCUCCUCCUAAGCCGGACCUGAGCCGCUACACAGGGCUACGAACACACCUCAGCCUGGCUGCUACUGAGGAUAACAGCCUCUUGGGCAAGGACAGCCCCCCUAUGCCUACCAUGUACAAGUAUCGGCCGGGCUACAGUAGCAGCAGUACAUCAGCUGCCAUGCCUCAUUCUUCUAGCGCCAAGUUGAGUCGUGGGGACAGCUUGAAGGAGCCAACCUCGAUUGCAGAGAGCAGCCGCCAUCCCAGCUACCGCUCAGAACCCAGCUUGGAGCCAGAGAGCUUCCGCUCUCCCACCUUUGGCAAAAGCUUUCACUUCGAUCCACUAUCGAGUGGCUCACGCUCCUCCAGCCUCAAGUCAGCCCAAGGCACAGGGUUCGAGUUGGGCCAGUUGCAGUCCAUUCGUUCAGAGGGUACAACCUCCACCUCUUAUAAGAGCUUGGCCAACCAGACACGCAAUGGAAGCCUGUCUUACGACAGCCUGCUCACUCCUUCAGACAGCCCUGAUUUUGAGUCAGUGCAGGCAGGGCCUGAGCCAGAGCCGCCUUUAGGCUACACCUCUCCCUUCCUGUCGGCCCGGCUGGCCCAGCAACGGGAAGCUGAGAGGCACCCACGUUUGGUGCCAACCGGCCCAUCACACCGAGAGCCCUCACCAGUGCGGUACGACAAUCUGUCGCGCCAUAUUGUGGCUUCCCUCCAGGAACGAGAGAAGCUGCUGCGCCAGUCACCCCCACUCCCAGGCCACGAGGAAGAACCAGGCUUGGGGGACUCAGGCAUUCAGUCAACACCAGGCUCAGGCCAUGCCCCUCGUACUAGCUCCUCCUCGGAUGAUUCGAAGCGAUCACCCUUGGGCAAGACUCCACUGGGACGCCCAGCUGCCCCUCGUUUUGGCAAGCCAGAUGGGCUAAGGAGCCGGGGACUAGGGUCCCCUGAACCAGGCCCACCUGUGCCAUACCUGGGCCGAUCUAUGUCUUACAGCAGCCAAAAAGCCCCACCUGGUGUCUCUGAGACAGAAGAAGUAGCCUUGCAGCCAUUACUGACACCCAAAGAUGAAGUACAGCUCAAGACCGCCUACAGCAAAUCCAAUGGGCAGCCCAAGAGUAUAGGCUCAGCCUCCCCUGGCCCAGGCCAGCCACCUCUCAGUAGCCCCACAAGAGGAGGAGUCAAGAAAGUGUCGGGGGUGGGUGGUACCACCUAUGAGAUUUCGGUGUGAGCCUUCGGCGCCCUUCCUCCAACGCCUCUGCGCCUACACCAAAGGGCCCCAGGUGGCCACCUUCCUUCCCUCAAGGGGCUCCCCUCCCUUGCAUGGACAUUUCUAAACUACCGAUUCCAAGAGGAUGAGGAGCUUCUACAAAAUGCAGUGGAGUUGGGGAGUCGGAGAAUUGGGGCCCUGAGACUGGGGUAGCAGCCCCCUUUCCACCUUUUAAGACCUACCCUUCCUUAACCCCUGGACCAGACUCAGUGGACAUUUGUGCAAUUGCUCGCCCUGGAGGGAACCAGAUCAUUUUUAAACCAGAAAUAAUUUUUUUUAUUAUUGUUACGGAUUCUAUUUUUUUCCUCUUCUGCGUUACCAGGUGUGUGUGUACAUAUAUAUAUAUAAAUAUAUAUAUAUAUUAUAAAUAUCAAAGAAAUUAUAUAUCUAUCCUGGGAUGGGAAAAUGAGGGAGGGAUAUGCAUAAAGAGGGGGAUCCUACUCUUCCCAUUCCUCAGACCAGCAGGAAAGGAGGGGAGACAUUGAAGUCUUCCUUAUUCCCCAUGGUUCCCUCUCUCCUGUCCCAGUUACUAAGGAACUAGCACCCCCUGUUGUUGGUGCUAAGUGAUCAGGAAGGAAGGUCAGGAGUGGUGAGCCUGGGAACUCGGUGAGAGGAUGGCAGGACCUGGAGAGGAGAGUUAGUUUCCUAGGCUCAUUGGCACUUAGUUUCCCCAGGAAAGGGGUCACAGCCCCAUGACAUUGGUGGUGGUGGGGGAAGAUCAGGAACAGGUUGGCCUAGUUCAAGGAACAAUACUGAAUCAUUCCCCUUUCUUGGGGGAGAGGGUUUAGAGUGGGCUUCUUCAACUAACCCCUCAAAGCCUUCCCGUAACUCACACGGUUAACAUUAUUUUUAAAUCUAAGGCCGGGAGAGAAGAAUCCAAAAAGCAAUAUUUUUCAUCACAUGCCAAAAACGGGGGAUAGAGAGAAGGAGUGGCAGGCCUAGGCCCCUCCGAUUGUCUCUUGGAGGUUACCCCUCAGCCCACCUCAGUAUGGUGCUGGGUAGAGGGGAUACCAGGGUUCUAACCUCUACACAGGGGAGACCCCAGCCUCUAGACAGAGGCCCUUUUAUUUUUUAUCCUGAUUAGCCAUUUUAAACCAACAAGGAAUAAAAAGAAAUCCUGAUCUAACCAGCUCCCCCUGACUUGUGUUAUUUUGUCUGGUUAAGGCAGAGCAAAUGAUCUCUGGUAGAAAGUCACAAAGCAAACUUCAAGCUUUUCUGGUCCAGACUCAGCUUCAGGCAGGACUGUCGUGAAAUGAACCAUUUAAAACAACAGGUCCUGCUUUUAUUAGGAUGAUUAGAUUCAGAAACUCCAGAAACAUCUUUCGCUUCAAAACUCAGAGAACUUUUGACUUGUACCACAGUUGUUCCUUAAUAAGCGAUUUUCGUCUCUGGAAAGUAAAGGUCAUUUUUUAUGUAGCCAAAGGUGAGACAGCAGGUGAUCAAAAUAUGAAAGCUUCUUAAAGCAGGUUGACUGGACCUAGUGGCAUUACAAUUAAUUAGAUCUCUCAUAUCGCCUUUUCUAGGUUGUGCUGUUAUUUUUAAGCAGGCAUUUUUCAGACACUAGAAUACAAAUCUCUGGAAACUAGCCAGAACCCUAAAUGUUUUGUCACUGUCUGUAACACUUAAGUAUAACAUCUUGCUAUGAGAUACGAGAUUAAAAUGAGUUGAAUGAGUGUUUUUCUACCCACUAAUCUAGGAACAACCUUGGUUCAGAACUAUUCUGUGUCAUAAGUCAGAUGGCAUUAGUUCAGGUUAGGUUUAAUACGGAUGUUUUUGAUUAACUAGUCUGCAAAAACUAAAGGGAUUAUCUUACAUUUUGUUGGCUUAGGCUACCUUUUGUUGUUGUCUUAGAAGUUUAGAAAUGAUUUCACAUCAGCCAAAUAAUUUCAUGGUCUUAACUAAGGAGGAGGUCAAAAGGUCUUUUAAAGAAGACAUUUUAUUUACCUUUGCUUGCCAGAGGUUCAAUCAACUGAUUUCAGGCUUCGGAUCUAAGAACCAACCUCACUGAAAUACACUGGUGAUUGUGGGUGCUUUUUCAGUUGGCUUUUUGUUUCUAUGCAGUACUGACCUAGAACACAGUUGAGCCUGAAGCUCACCCAGGCACUUGGUCUUGGAUGAAGCUGUACUCUUUAGCCUCAACAUUGUGAUUAUGAGCAGGGUGUUUUUUUCUCUGUUGUGGACAGGUAUUAGCAAGCCCCUUCUCAUCCUGGAGGUGUUACCUUUGGACCAUGUUCCCAAUCUCAUUUUGAUUGUUUACCUGCCUGCUACUGACAAGACCCAAAUCCCUUCAGAUCUUAGCAAUGCCUGGGCUGAAACACUGAUUCUCACAGAAAGGCACUUAUGUCUUAAUAAGCAACCACACUUCAGCCAGUUUGAUAAAUGCAUUUUUUUUUUUUUUUUU